AUGUCCAAGUACUUCACCGAGGUUAAGGAAUUGCCCCCCGAUCCCCUUUUCGGCUUGAAGGCAAGGUAUGUUGCCGACUCGAGGCCUGAUAAGGUGGACUUGGGCAUUGGCGCCUACAGAGACAACAACGGCAAGCCCUGGAUCUUGCCUGCCGUCAGAGAAGCAGAGAGAAAGUUGAUCAAUUCUGAGGGCUACAACCACGAGUACCUCUCGAUUUCCGGCUACGAGCCCUUCUUGAAGGAGAGCGCCAAGGUCAUUUUGGGUGAAGACUCUCCUGCCAUCAAGGAAGACGCCGUGGUGUCCCAGCAGUCCUUGUCGGGAACGGGCGCUUUGCACUUGGCUGGUGCGUUCCUCAAGCAAUUCUACGCUGGCAACCAUACCAUCUACUUGUCCAAGCCCACUUGGGCAAACCACAACCAGAUUUUCACGUCGUUGGGCUUCAACGUCGAGACCUACCCUUACUGGGAUGCCAAGCAGAAGAAACUUGAUCUCGAGGGCUACCUUGCCACAAUCAGAUCCGCUCCUAGAGGCUCCAUCUUCCUCUUGCACGCUUGUGCACACAAUCCAACUGGCUUGGACCCUACUGCCGAGGAAUGGACCCAAAUCUUGAAGACUAUCGCUGAACACGACCACUUGCCCUUGUUUGACUCCGCCUACCAGGGCUUCGCUUCCGGUGACUUGGAGAGGGACGCCGCCCCAAUUAGAGAAGCCAUCAGGUCGGGCGUCAUUUCCACGCCUAUUGUCAUUUGCCAGUCUUUUGCUAAGAAUGUCGGUAUGUACGGCGAAAGAGUGGGUGCAAUCCACGUUGUGUUGCCUCUCAGUGAGUCUGCAAGCAUCAGAGACCCCUUGAAGCGUGCGAUCAAAUCGCAAUUGAACAAGUUGACGAGAUCUGAGAUCUCCAACCCUCCAGCUUACGGUGCCAAGAUUGUGGCUACCAUUCUCACCGACGAUUCUUUGAGAAAACAGUGGCAGGAGGACCUUAUCACCAUGUCGCUGAGAAUCAUUUCCAUGAGAAAGGAGUUGAGAAGGCAAUUGGAAGAAUUAGGUACCCCUGGUACUUGGGAUCACAUCACUAACCAGACGGGUAUGUUUUCCUUCACUGGCUUGACCCCAGACAUGGUUGCCCGUUUGGAGAAGACCCAUGGUGUUUACUUGGUCAGCUCCGGUAGAGCUUCUGUUGCCGGGUUGAACGAGAACAACGUGUCAAAGGUUGCCAAAGCUUUUGAUGAGGUCAUCAGACACUUCUCCAAGUCCAAGUUAUAA